CUAUGAAAGAGCCAGAGUGCGUGCGUGCGUGCGUUUUGGUUGGCAAUGGCGUCGUCGAGAAGUGGAGGGCCAUCGAUGAGGGCAUUGGAGUUGGAGAAGAUGAGCGUGGAGCAGCUAAAAGCAGUGAAGGAGCAGGCGGAUCUGGAAGUGAAUCUGCUCCAGGACAGCCUCAACAACGUCCGCACCGCCACCUCUCGCCUCGAGCUCGCCUCCUCCGCUCUCCAGGACCUCUCUCUCCGUCCCCAAGGAAAGAAAAUGUUGGUGCCUCUUACAGCAUCUCUAUAUGUACCUGGCAGACUAGAUGACGCAGAUAAAGUCUUGGUAGAUGUUGGCACUGGAUACUUCAUUGAGAAAACAAUGGCAGAAGGCAAAGAUUACUGUGAGCGUAAAAUCAACUUGCUGAGAUCUAACUUUGACCAACUUGUUGAGGUUGCUUCUAAAAAGAAAAGCGUAGCAGAUGAAGCUGGGGUAAUCUUACAGGCAAAAUUGAAGCAAUUGGCUCCUUCAACAUAGGGAGUCCAUCAUAUCUCUAUUGCUAUCUUAAAUUCUUGAAUUCAAAUGCCUUCUUUUGAAAGACUUAUUUGUGAAAAUGCUAAAAAACUGAGAUUAGAUUUUGACUUAUAUAACAUUUUUGAUUUUUCCUUUUC